AUGGGGGAGCGUUCGCAGAGAUUGCGGAAAUCGAAAUUUCCUUUUCACGCGAUAUCUAUUUUCCUGUUGACCGUACAAUAUGCUUCGUCCGUCGUUUUACUCCAUUAUUCGAGAAUUAUGCCCGCCGUGGGUGGAAAACGCUAUGUGACCUCGACUGCCGUCUUCCUGACAGAAGCUAUUAAACUAGCCAUCUCCUUGACGGUGGCGCUGUACGAGGUUUCCAAAAAAGUCCCUCCCUCGAUGCCGGCUACAUCGCUCUUCUUUUCUCUGAUAAACUCCAUCUUCUCGGGCGACAGCUGGAAGCUCGCUCUCCCCGCCGUCCUGUUCACCCUCGCAAACUCCCUUCAAUACAUCGCGCUGUCAAACACGGACCCGGCCACGUUUCAAAUCACCUACCAAAUCAAGAUGCUCGUUGCGGCUGUUUUUGCCAUUUUGCUGCUUCGCCGGAGUAUUCCAGUGCGCAAUUGGGGACUGUUCUUGUUCCUCAUCAUCGGCGUGGCCCUGCUCCAGUUACCCGGUCAGGAAUCAGACGAACUUGUCGCCCACGACGACUAUCUGCAUUUCCCUCGGUCACUGGAAGAAUGGAAACAACGGGCACGAGCACCUGCGGCAAACCUGCAGAAGCGAUCUGCUAGCUACGAAGGUAUUGAAGAAGAUAUGCUGCUCGAGCACCCGCCCUUGAACCGACGCAUUGGUUUACUUACAACCCUGUUUGCUUCUGUUGCCUCGGCUCUUGCGACGACAUAUCUUGAGAGAGCGUUUAAAGACAGCGCUUCGCCAAAGUCGGUGUGGAUGCGGAAUGUUCAGUUGGCUCUCUAUUCCGUCUUUCCGGCUCUGUUUGUCGGCGUCGUAUUCCUCGAUGGCGAGACGAUUGCAACCCAGGGCUUUUUCGGAGGUUACAACUGGGUCGUCUGGGCGGUCAUUGCGACCCAGACUAUCGGCGGCAUUGGCGCUGGUUUCACUAUCGCAUACACGGACAAGACUGCAAAAACCUGGGCAACCGGCUUCAGCAUCGUUUUGAGCAUGAUUACCAGUCUGUCUGUGUUUGACCUACAAUUAUCGGCUAAUUUCUCCAUCGGUGCGGCCAUUGUCUUGGUUGCAACUUUUCUCUACGGCAGCCAGCCCUCCAGCAUCCCCGUCAAAAUGCGCCCUCCGCCCAUUCGCAUUGAAAGUUACGAAAAGGGCGAAGAUGGCUCGGGGGUUGUGUCGCCUCCCAACGAUUUCUCUAUCAAACUUCCUACCACCCCGUUGCUGUCUGUUGCCGGGCUGUCAUCGUCCAGGCCAACGUCGCCGAGUCAUUCACGAGUCAAGUCCAACCAGAAUGUCCCCGGCGGUGGAUAUUUCCCUAAGCUUGAAGAGUAA